AUGCUACGGAGGUGUAGUAUCGCUCUAGCCGCAUAUAACUAUGACAUCCAACAUCGUCCAGGAAAGACAAUCCCACAGGCUGAUUCCCUCUCUCGCUACUCACGAUUUUCUGAGGCCGAACAGUGUCAUUUCAUCUCUCCAGCAUCACCAGUGUCUCGGGAAUCUUUACGCAAAUCUACUAAGCAGUACUACUCAGCCAUACUCUCAGCGAUCAAGAAAGGGUGGUUGCCAGAGGUGAAGAGAAAGUAUCCGCAAUUCUUUGCUCAUCGACAGGAGUUGCCAGUACAAUUGGAUGGUGUAUUAUGUCGCGCCGAUCGAUUGGUAAUCCCACCACGACUACGGAAGACGGCACUAGAAGAAUUGCAUAAAGGACAUGUGGGGGUGGAGAAGAUGAAAUCAUCAUCGCCAGAUGUGUUGGUGGCCGGAGUUGGACACAGAAAUUUAUGCAACAGCCAAGAACUUCGCGAAGGGAUUCCACAAGUGCUUGUGUCGGACAAUGGAUCUCAGUUCUGUGCGACCGAAAUGAAGCUUUGGAUAGGCAGCAUCCGUUGCCAACAUCUUCAAACUGCGCCUCGUCACCCCUGUUCGAACGGAGCGGCAGAGAAUCUAGUCAAAACUGUCAAGAGUGCAAUUGCGUCUGCCAAUCUUAAAACGCUACAUGAGUUGGAAGCGUUGGUGGAUAACUUUCUACUCCAAUACCGAAACGCAACAAAUACAACCACGAAGGACGGCCCGGCAAUGCUUUUUAAAUCCAGACGCUUACGAUCCUCCCUACAGUGCCUCCACUCCAGUGACGUCGUAUAUAUCCUUGGUAAUGAUUUGCAACCCGCAUCUGGUAUAGUCACACGACAACUGGGUCAAGCCAUGGUGGAAAUUACCGACUUGAAUAAUGCUACUCUGCACAAACGACACGUGGACCAAAUCCACUUCAAAUCAUCCACGGACCAGCGGCAUCAAGAGACAAGCGAGGGCGACAGUUAG